AUGUCAUCUCACUGUGACUCUUCAUUUCCCGCUCUUGAUUGUAAUUAUUUUUCUUCGUAUAACCUUAUUGUUGCUUGUGUUGGUGUCGGCAAUGUAGCCCAACUUGCAUGUGAUCUUUUAAUCUAUAACUUAGGUUGUGAUGUUAUUUGUAGUUUAAAUUUUGAGUACUGCCCAUCCGUAGUCGGUAUCAAUCCUUACCGAUUGCCUGGAGAUGUUCAUGAUAUGAUGACAACUUCACAGAUUUAUGCUAAUCCUGAACUUCAGCUAGCUGUGUUACAAAUUCGAGCCCCUCCCUUCACCGGUUCCAAACGAAAGCAUGUCAAGGAGCUUGUGACCUUCCUGAAAUCUAUGAAGUUUAAAACUGUGGUUUUACUUUCAAGUAGCUUUGCGACUAUUCUUAAAGAUGAGGAGCUAAACUCAGCACCACUGCAGUACGCUUUGUCGUCGUCAUUCUGCGCUUCUGAUCGUAAACGCUUUGAUGAACUGGAUUGGUAUCCCCUUAAGACGUACAGUGACCACCUAGAUUGUCAAUUAUCUGUUGUUUAUUAUUUACCUGGGUGUGGAAUUGCAAGUUAUUUAUUUGAAGAAUUACUCAAACAUGAAGAGAUAUCUGCUUGUCUGUUAAAUCUUUUUACAUCUGAAGGCGAUAACAGUGGCGAUGCACUUUAUGUUGUGCAGCAUUUGAAUAAGUGGUUACAAUUCAAAGCACAACACGGAGUUAAAGACACAAGUUUCCAAUGGUCUCUCCCCCCUUCUUGGAGCUAUUUGUUUGGAACUGAUCCUGUUGAUGAAUUGUAUUAG